AUGAGUUACAACGAAGGAACUACAAAUUUAUUUUAUCAAAAUUUUAAAGAAACUGGACUUCCUUUUACUUUUGUAAUGUUAAUUACUGUUCGUUGGAUAGUUUCUAUGUUUGGAUGUCUACUUAAUUUGUCUUUAGUUUAUAUAACUAUAAGAACAAAAUCCCUACACAGUACUUGUAAUAUAUUAAUAGCUACCAAUGCUUUAUGUACAGCUAUAUUUGAACCAACAUUGUCGAUUGGAUUAAUUAUUGCGAUUAGUGGAAUUAAUUUUAUUAAAGUGAAUACUUGCUUUUAUUUACAAUUUUUGCCAGCAUUUUUUGGAAAUUUAACUUUGGCAACAAUGUUGGCUAUUGGCUUUGAUAGAGUUAUAAAUAUAUUAUUUGCUUCUUUCUGGAUGAAUCUUCAAUCCCGUCCAUUUAAAUAUUUAUUUUCAUUGAUGUCUGCAUGUAUAAUUUAUUCAUGUUUUCAAAUUUGGCAACUUUUUUUAAUAUCUACUGAACAUCCAUAUGUUCAUGUAAUUUGUUCAUCCCCUGGAGAAGUUCAGCAAGGCGAAAGAGGAAAAUUUCUUUAUUUUGUGAAUUUAUUUGCAAAUAUUAUUUUAUUGUUUGAAUAUAUAAUUCUUUGGAUUGUCUUUAAAAUAUAUCAAAACAAACUUUGUAAACAUUUAUUUUUUUUAUUAAACUUAGAAUCCGUCCCGUCCCAAACUACUUCAAUUUUUACUCGUCGUAUUCUUCGUUCAUUAACAACCUUAACUUGUUUAAUUAUUGUUUGUUGGGUAUUAAAUAGUAUUGUAAGGCUUUUAUUGCCUUUAAUUGGUUUAUCUCCUCAAUUAUUAAUUUACACAACUUUUUCAUUUUCAUUUCUUCCAAUUUGUGCAAUGGCAGCUAAUGGGCCUGUUCUUUUUUUGCUUAGUUAUGAAUAUCGACAAGCAUAUGCAAAACAAUUUCCUCAUAUUUUACAUUCAUAUGUGGGAAGUUAUGGAGAUGGAAAUCCGGGUGUUUCGCCAGUUCAUAUUUUAAAUUUAAGAACAGCUGUAGUUGCCCCACAACCAACAAAUAAUAAUAAUUUUAAUUCCGUCGUUCAAAAUUUAGCAAGAGAAUAUAUUUAA